AUGCCCUUUGUUGAAGAACCAAGAAGCAUCUGGUCGUUCCUUGAUCCCACUCCCAAACCCAAACAGAAAACACCAGAACCACACCUCUAUUCCCCCCACAACAAAUCCUAUCCUACCACACCCCAAUCGACCAAUAUGUCAUUCGAAGCAUGGAGGGAGACGAAUCCAGAAAUCCUACCCCCGUCAACACCAGGGAUGGGAAUGCACGAAUUAGGAGAGGCCCUACCGCCUACUCCGCAAAGAGAACGAUCGCCCUCGCCAGAGUUGAGGCGCAUGCAGAAUCUAGAGAUGAUGGUCCGAAUGGCCAUAACAGCCACAAUCCAGGACAACAAUGCAGAAUGGGAAAGACGAUUCCUGCAAAGAGAUGCAGAAGUUGCAGGCUUGCAGAGAAGGCUCACAAUGCAACUGCAGCAGCAGCAGCAGCAACAGAUGGGCCGGCCUACCGAACACAAAGCCAGCUACAGAAAAACUGCAUUGGCCAAGCCUGAGCCAUAUGAGGGCAACAAAAAGAAGUUCCGGAACUUCUUUGAAUCACUACAGCUUCAUUUUGGAGCAAACCCAGAAUACUUCUGGAUAGAGGUCAAUAAAAUCAAUUUUUCCCUAUCCUAUAUGACAAGUGGAGAGGCGGCAGCACUUAGAACAGAAUGGGUGGAAAGAAAGAUGCUGGCAGACGAAAGGACAGACAUCGAAGAAAUGGAACAAUUGGAAAGCUGGGCUCAUUUCGAGUCCAUGCUAAAGGACCAUUUCCAAGAUGCAUUUGAAGAGGAAAGAAGCAAGUACAAAAUCAUGUACUUAAAACAAGGUACUCUCACUGCGCAAGAAUACUUUGUAAAAUUCAAAGCAACCAGACAACGCGCAGGAUACAAUGUGAAAGGGAAUGAACAAUUCCUGAUCACAUUGAUCAGAAACAAUAUCAAUGCUCCAUUGAUUAAACAAAUCAUCUACUCGGGAAACAUCCCAAAAACAUACACAGAAUGGAAAAUGAGGAUCAUCACCAAUGAUCAAUUAUGCGGCAGCUCUGGUUCUGGAAACCGGGGACCCAAUGGUUGGUACCGAGGAGAGGGCACUUCGGAGAAGAAGGCCGAGACAAUGGAAGAUAAGAAAGAUGGGACUGGAACCACCUAUAGUGGAGCCGGUCAAAGAAUGGAAGUUGAUAAAGCGAAGUACCGAGCAGAAGGCAGCUGCAAAGCCAAAGUUCAACCUUCGAGCUAUGUUAGAAGGAAUAACGAAAGAAGAGCGGGACGAACUGCUCCAGGAUUUUUAAAGAGGCCGGCUGUGACUCCUCGUCAGACCGAGCCAAAAAACAUUGCAAAUGUAAAUAGAUAUGCUUCUCUCUCUGUUGACAAUCUUGAUGCAUGUAACACCGAUGAAAAUGAAAUUGCAUUAUUUAAAAAUGCACAAAAUCUGAAACAGAAAGAGCAAUCUAAAGAGGAGAGCCUGAAAGGGAAAUGGGCUGAAGAGAUUCCCAAAACAGAAACAACUAAGGUACAGAAUGAAGCGACUCAAUUGGGUAGCGCUUCUGACACUGAUACCUUGACACGUUCUGAAGAGGUCAGGCACACCUUUGAUAAAAACCUAGAAGCGGCGCGCAAGGUACCUAAAGGGGAUAGGACCAUGAAAAGCGCAGCAAAGAAGGAGACAACUGAAUUACAGAAGGCGGUGACUCAAUUGGGUAGCACCAAUAAUACUGAUACUUCAAUCAGCUCCAAAGAGGUCAGGCACACCUCUGAUAAAAACCUAGAAAAGAAAGUACCAUGGACGGCUGCAUGGAUAGCGGAAAGGCUGAGAGACCAAAAGGAAGAAAGAUCUAUUGGUAUCUUAAAUAGCUGGACCCAUAAAAAACAAGGAAAAGAAGUAACUGCAGAGUUAAUCAAAGAAUUAAACGCUUUACCAAUCCACAAAACGGUAUUAGCAUUGGAAGAAUUGAGAAAGCCUAAACAGUUCAUUAGAGGCGCUCAAGAAAACCAAAUGAACAUUACCUGCAGACUUACAAACCUCGGAACGCAUCAAUCAACGACGAUAGAUGCAUUAUUAGACAGCGGCUGUACCGGAAGUUGCAUACAUUCAAGAUUUGUUGAGGAACAGGGAUAUAAAAGGCAAAGAAUCCCUAGACCAAUUCCAGUCUAUAAUGCUGACGGCACCCUUAACGGGACGGAAGCAUCAAAGAAUUUAUGA